ACCUCUUUCUUCAUUCAUCCUCAGUUCAUAACUCAAAAACCUCUCUUCUCUUUCACUCUUACAAAAAAAAAAAUCUUAUUUUUCUCUCUCAAAUCUUAAAAAAACAAAAUGGUUGUAUUGUCAAAAACAACAACAGAGCAAUAUCCAUGUAUAAGGAACAUCAAACAAACUACAUUCUCAACUGAAAUCCCUUUGGUUGAUUUAUCCAAACCUGAUGCAAAGAACCUCAUAGUGAAAGCUUGUGAAGAGUUUGGAUUCUUUAAGGUUAUCAACCAUGGUGUUUCUAUGGAAUCUAUCACUUUGUUGGAAUCUGAAGCUGUUAAGUUCUUUUCCAUGCCUUUUAAUCAAAAGGAAAAAGCUGGACCAGCUAAUCCAUUUGGGUAUGGAAACAAGAAUAUUGGUCAAAACGGUGAUGUUGGUUGGGUUGAAUAUCUUCUUCUUACAAAUAAUCAAGAUUUUAACUCUAUCAGACUCUCCCCUGCUUUUGGUAAAGACUCAGAUAAGCUUCGCUGUUUAUUGAGUGAUUAUAUGUCAUCUGUCAAAAAGAUGGCAUGUGAGAUUCUUGAAUUGAUGGCUGAAGGAUUAAACAUUGAAGAAAAGAAUGUGUUGAGCAAGCUUCUAAUGGAUAAGGACAGUGAUUGCAUUUUUAGGGUCAACCAUUACCCUCCAUGUCCUGAGUCAAUUUUGAAUAAUGAUGAUGAUGGUGAAAAUGUUAUUGGUUUUGGUGAGCACACGGAUCCACAAAUCAUUUCCUUGUUGAGGUCUAACAAUACUUCUGGUCUUCAAAUUUGUCUCAAAGAUAAGAGUUGGAUUUCAGUGCCAUCUGAUCAUAAUUCCUUCUUUGUUAAUGUUGGUGAUUCACUCCAGGUUAUGACUAAUGGACGAUUCAAGAGUGUAAGGCACAGAGUUUUGGCAAAUGGGUUCAAAUCUAGACUCUCCAUGAUUUAUUUUUGUGGUCCAAAUUUGAGCGAGAAAAUUGCACCUUUGCCUUUUCUCAUAAAAGGAAAUGAAAGCUUAUUAUAUAGAGAAUUUACAUGGUUUGAGUACAAGAAAUCAGCUUAUGCUACAAGAUUAUCGGACAAUAGACUUGGUCACUUUGAGAGAAUCAAAGAUUCAUGAAUACUAAUAAAUAAAUAAAUACUACUUUAAUUUAUAGAUAGAUAGGAAUGUUACACCCACAUGUCAAUAUUAUUAUUAUAGGAUAUUUAUGUUAUAUCUAUAUCUUUAUGAUGUGCUUUAGGAUUGGAUUUUGCUUUUUGAUUUUCUUUUUUUAUAGUAUGGUUUUUCUUUAAGGUUAUUUUUUUUGGGUACACAUUGUAUAAGGUUAUCUAUAACUAUGAAUCUGAAUCGUAUUAACCCGCUUUUGUAAUGCUAUGCCUUCCUUGUAGGUGUAUACGUCUACUUUAUAUAAAUAAAUAAAUGUAACUUUUUAACGAUGGUGACUUAUCAUCGUUGUUCUUAUCAAAA